AUGGCGAGGGCCUUGGCUAUCAACCCAGAGGGCCCUGCCAAAACCACAGAGGUCCAUGUCAUAGUAGAUAGUGGAAGCCAAAAGUCAUUCAUUACUGACAAGGUUAAGAGGCUAUUAAGAUUGAAAUCCCUCAACAGGGGACCAUUAUCAAAUAUGACUUUUGGGUCUAGUAAAGAGAAAAGAGAAGUCUGUGAAGCAGUAAGGGUCAAACUACGCAAUCAAGAUGGAGAAGAUCAGGAGAUGCAACUUCUGACAGUAUCACUUAUAUGUGAGCAGAUUCACAAACCAUCGACACAGUUCUGUAUAGACAGAUACGAUCAUUUAAGGGCAAUAAAGUUGGUUGAGUUAGAAGAAGAGAUUAAAGCAGAUAUACUUAUUGGCUCAGAUCAUUACUGGGAAUUCCUGACUGGGAAAAUAAUUAGAGGUAAAGAAGUCCCCGUAGCAGUUCAUAGCACACUGGGAUGGAUUUUAUCAGGGCCUGUCAUGGAAGAGGAUGCAAAUACAUCUACUAGUUUGGUCACUCAUGUUUAUGGAGCUCAGUUGACUCCAGCAGAGGUGUCCAAGAACUUGGACACACAACUAAGAGCCUUUUGGGAUUUAGAGUCCUUUGGGAUAAAGGCUAAGAAAACUUCAGUUGCUGUACAGUUUGAGAGAACAGUAAGAUUUUUGAAUGGGAAAUAUGAGGUUAACUUACCUUGGAAGGAUCCAGAUGUCACUUUGUCCAACAAUUAUGACCUUUGCUUAAGAUGGUUGAGGGCCUUAUUGCGGAAACUUAGAAAGGAACCAGAUAUAAUGAGGAAGUAUGACGCUGUUAUGGAAGAGCAAUUGGAGAAUUGUAUCAUAGAAGAAUUACAGGAUCCAAGCAUGGCAGAUGGUCAACACAUUCACUAUCUUCCACAUCAUGCUGUGGUAUGGUGUGAUAGGGAUACUACCAAAUUAAGGGUAGUAUAUGAUGCUUUGGCAAGGUUAGAUGGAAUGUCAUUGAAUGAUUGUCUGCAUGUUAGACCUAAGUUUAAACAGGAAUGCAUUGCGGUUCUUAUGGGUUGA